UGAACACGUCAAUUUGGUCUUCUCUUUUUUUUCUCUUUUAUGAAGAUGGAGAUGGAGAGGACCCAAAACUGGCAUACUUGGUUGGGUGGGUGGAAGCUGUAGGCUCUAUAGACUAUACCUGCAACUACCACCAACUCCAAACAUUGAAGAAGAAGAAGAAGAAAGAAGACGAUAAGCACGUCAUCUCACUCACUUUGUCACACUAAUUUAAGCUUUUUCCGCCAACAAAAUCACAUUUUGUUAGCUUUCAAAUUCAACCCAGAAAUUCAAACUUGUAAAUUAAACCCAAAUUAUUAGUGCAAUUUAUGCUCUGCAUUUUUGCGAUUCCCACAUAUCCAGAGGGAGACAGGCAUGUAUGCCAAAACCACAACAUGGGUCAUCUUCUUCUUCUUGGUUCUCUCUGUUUCUCUCUCAGAUCCAAGAACCAACCAAGUAGCACUCUCCUGUGGCACUCUCAAACCUCCACCAAACACCAGCAUCAUCCCCGCUUUUGUCAAAGAAAUGGAAAGCCUUUCCCAGCUUAUCACCACCCACCAUUGGGGCACCCACUUUGUUAAUUCCACGCCGCCCAUGUACGGCUUAGCCCAAUGCUUCCAAGACCUCUCUCACACUGACUGCCUCCUCUGCUACGCCGCUUGUCGCACUAAGAUCCCUCGCUGCCUCCCCUCCCUUUCCGCUACCAUUUUUCUCGACGGUUGCUACCUCCGUUAUGAUAACUACAGCUUCUACCAACAACCCACAGACCCUUCUCGUGACGCCGUGAUCUGCAGCUCGUCAUCAAAACAAGAGCUUGAAAAUGAAGAUCGAAUGGAGUUUGUGAAGAAUGUCGGAUUUGCGAUUCGUAAUGUUACUAAGGCUGCUGUUGACAAUGGUGGGUUUGGGGUGGCACAAGUGAAAGGGUCGGUUUAUGCUCUGGCUCAGUGUUGGAAAACUGUAGGGCGUGAUGGGUGCAGAGCUUGCUUGGAGAAAGGAGGUGAGGCAGUGAGGGGAUGUGCACCAAAGAAGGAAGGGAGGGCUUUGAAUGCUGGGUGUUAUUUGAGGUAUUCAACUGAGAAAUUCUAUAUGGCAGAUCAUGGUCAUGGGUUGUCAGUAAGUAGAGGAAUCAUCAUAGCAGUGGUUUUGGCAGCAGCUGCCUUCAUAUUGCUGUCUCUAUUUGCUGCUUAUGCAGGCUAUGCAAAAUUGGUACAGAUUAAACAAGAGCGCAGUGGUGUAGGGUUGGCUUCAAUAAGCAUUAACAAGUACUCUAGCUUGAAGUUCAAGUAUGAAACACUUGAAAAGGCCACAGAUUAUUUCAACUCCUCUAGAAAAAUUGGGCAAGGAGGAGGUGGUUCUGUGUUCAAGGGGACUCUUCCAAAUGGAAAAACGGUAGCGGUUAAGAGAUUGAUCUACAAUACCAGGCAAUGGGUAGAUGAGUUCUUCAAUGAAGUAAAUUUAAUCAGUGGAAUUCAGCACAAGCACCUUGUCAAGCUUUUAGGUUGUAGCAUUGAAGGCCCUGAGAGUUUGCUGGUUUAUGAGUAUGUGCCUAACAAGAGCCUCGAUCACUUCCUUUUCGAUAAGAACAAGGUUCAGAUUCUGACUUGGAAUGAGCGGUUGAAUAUUAUUGUUGGAACAGCUGAAGGGCUUGCCUAUCUUCACGAAGGCUCCACAAUAAGAAUAAUCCACAGGGACAUAAAAAGCGGCAAUGUUCUUCUGGAUGAGAAUCUCAGCCCAAAGAUUGCAGACUUCGGCCUUGCUCGGUGUUUUGCUGCCGACAAGUCUCAUCUUAGCACUGGCAUUGCCGGAACGCUAGGUUAUAUGGCUCCUGAGUAUCUUGUUCAAGGGCAAUUGACAGAGAAAGCAGACGUUUACAGCUUCGGCGUGCUAGUUCUAGAGAUUGUGUCUGGUAAGAGAAACAGCACCUUCAGACAAGACUGGGAUGACUCGGAUUCACUCUUACACAAGGUUUGGAAACUCUACAUAUCGAAUGACCUAGCUAGAGCCGUUGAUCCUUGCUUGAGAGAUGAUUUUCCUGCAGAAGAAGCAUCAAGAGUGCUUCAAAUUGGGCUUUUGUGCACGCAGGCUUCAGUUGCUUUAAGACCAUCCAUGGCUGAAGUACUUGCAAUGCUGACCAAUAAAGAAAGGGCAGCAAUACCGAAUCCAAACCAGCCUCCUUUUCUAAAUGCCACAGGCGGCAGCACAAUUAACAGAUCUUAUAGCGCAAACAGCUCCGUAUCAAAUGCAUUAACAAAAGUUGUAGCGUCCUGCACCUCCACAGAGUCCUCCAGCGUGCCUAGCUCAUAUGCGGAUUUCAAGAACUGUACAAGUUUUGCACAAUAAGUAAAUUCCAACCCAAUUGGCAAUUUCCAUUUUCAAGUACACAGGCAGGCAGCUAGCAACUUUUUCAGCUCACUCAUCUCUGUGAAUCCUGCGACUGCUAACUUUAACAAUGAAGAUUGCGGCAAAAGACCAAUACAUACAUGCCAUGGUGCACUAAAAAGCUGUGCAUCUCUGUUUUUCUAUUUGUUUUUUUUGGGCCUGAAAAGCCUGUUGAGUUCUUAUAUCUAUCUAUUAGUAGAAAAUAUCAAAUAUUUAUAUAUCGUUUGUCAUGUUUACUCA